CAAGAGCACAUAUUGCUUGAGCCACUCAAUCACUUCACUAAUACUAGACUUAAGACAAACCCUAUUGUUUAUGUGCUGGAUGAGAUGCCAGAUCAACAGAUUGAAAAGCACUACUUGUGUCAGCUAAGUGUACCUACUGUUGAAGGAGGGAUGGAGCUGAUGAAUGUUGACGAGGGUAGAAACUCGGAUGUGGUGGAGGAAGGCUGGGUGAUGGAUGGCCGGAGGUUGGGGAGUCUCAAGAAGGGAGCUGCUGGGAGAACACUGUGA